UAAGAUUGCGUUCGCGGAAGACGCUAGAGGGAGAACCCGGAAGUGGGCGAAAGGGAGUCCGGAAGUCCUGGCCAAGGAAGUAGGCAGAGGGCUCAAGUCAGAAUGGACGAUACACUCUUCCAGUUAAAGUUUACAGCCAAGCAGCUGGAAAAGCUUGCCAAGAAGGCAGAAAAGGACUCCAAAGCCGAGCAAGCCAAAGUCAAGAAGGCCCUUCAACAGAAGAAUGUAGAAUGUGCUCGUGUCUAUGCAGAGAAUGCCAUCCGGAAGAAGAACGAAGGCUUGAACUGGCUUCGUAUGGCUUCCCGAGUAGAUGCGGUGGCCUCUAAGGUCCAGACAGCAGUGACCAUGAAGGGGGUGACUAAGAACAUGGCCCAGGUGACGAAGGCCUUGGACAAAGCGCUUAGCUCCAUGGACUUGCAGAAGGUCUCGGCUGUGAUGGACAAGUUUGAGCACCAGGUCCAGAACUUGGAUGUCCACACAUCGGUGAUGGAAGACUCCAUGAGCUCAGCCACUACCUUGACCACGCCCCAGGAGCAAGUGGACAGUCUGAUCGUACAGAUCGCUGAAGAGAACGGCCUGGAGGUCAUGGACCAGCUGAACCAGCUGCCCGAGGGGGCCUCAGCGGUGGGCGAGAGCUCUGUGCGUUCCCAGGAGGACCAGCUAUCGCGAAGGUUGGCUGCCUUGCGGAAUUAGCUCCCCCUCACAGACUGUUGCUUCUGCCUUGUUCAUUCGCCUAUGAUUUGCGGGGCUCCUACAGGAGGCCCCUGACCUUCCAUCCCUUCCAAUCCUCUUCUGUGGCCAGAAGGAAGACUGCUCCCUCAACUCCUCCAGGCCUGCUGGGUUCAGCAAUGGACUAUAAAUCCUCUCAUGGUGAUGGCGACUUACUCUCUAAAGAUGCAGUGACGGCAGUAAGCAUCUGUGCAUGAGCUUGGCUGGGGGCGGAGAGGGGGGGAGAGUGAACCCCAUUGCUCCCAGCAGCUUCUCCUUCCAGCCCAUACUUUUCUUCAUCCUUUGGUGCCUGAAGCUCAUUGGAGAAGAGGAAUGGGAGCACGUAACUUGCCAUUGAUUCAGACACGGCCUUCGCAAGACCUGAAACAUUUAUAUCUGGUGCCUGUGCGUGUGUGGAGACAGGUGUUGUCUUCGUUUCUCCUAACACCAGUUAGUUGUUCCGCUUAGCUCAGUCUUCUCCAACAUGGUGCCCUCCAGACAUUGUUAGACUACAACUCCCAUCAGCCCCUGCCAGUAUGGCUGAUGGGAGUUGCGGUCCAAAACAUCUGAUGCCCUCUAGGAUGGGGGAAGGCUGGUUUAGGGGAUGGCUUAUGGAGAUCCGGCUGCUUAAAUCUGUGUGAUAGGGUGAGCUUGUCAGGAGAAUGGAUGUGUCCCUACUCCCCCCUCCCCAGUGGCUGUUUACCCUGCCUUGGAUUUACACACCAUUAAGUGACCUUUGAAACCAACGCUCCUUUAUUCUUUCUCUUCCCCCUCCCAUUCCCCCCUCAAAUCCUUUUGUCACCUCACUUAAGAACGCUUCGCUUGUGGUCUGCAUUUCAGCUGGCCCCUGGCCGGCAUAUCUCUUUCCUACAAGGUUGUUACUAACGGAGGGGAAACUGGCACGUGCAGAGAUCCUUGGGCCCUUUCCCCUGAUCGGUGGCCUUGGAGGUGUUUGCCUUUUUGUGCUGAGGCACCCCUUCCUCUGUGUGCUCUCUCUUCUCCCCCCGCCACCCGCACUUCAGCAAGACUCGGGAUGUCUCAAUACCUUAAGGUGGAAAAGCAGGGCUUAAGAGAUUGAGUUAUCACCUUUCACAGUGUUGCUUUGACCUUCCUGCUACUGUAAAAGGGCAAGAGCCUUUCUGCUUUUAAAGCUCAGCCCUCCUUUAUAAAAAGCCAAAGCAGACCUCUGGGCAGCAAGCAUGUUGUUCUGCUUUGGAAAGGAGGCCACUUCCUCUCUCUCCUCCUCCCCUGCCGCCACCUUCUGUCUCUGAAGGGCCUGCCCUUGCCCUUGUGCUAUUCCCGUUUGUCCAUGCUGCACUUUUUGCUGUGGGGUGGGGAGGAUGGAGGGGAUAUUACUAUAACCUCCAGUCAGCAACCCUUUUACAAAGUGGUAGGUUCUCCUUCUCUCUUGGGGAAAAAUUGUGGUUUCCCCCCCUAAAUUAAAGUGAAUGCUAUUGGUUCUUUAAUGCUGUUUUAAAUGAAUAAAUUUCUUUCUGGAAA